UCACCGUACUUGAGUCAUUAGUAAGCAGUGGGUUUCGACAGUGAAAGCGUUCGAGGUCGGUGUCGCGCUAAACUGCUUUCCAGCCCUUGUCUGAUUAGCAUAAUUGCAAUUGGAGAAAGUGAGUCAUAAUCAUAAGUUCGCCAAAUAAAAGUCUAUGGCAUGAACAGAGACAGUGCAAUGAUCAGACCAGCCUCAUUGAUUCGCGACGAUGAAGACAGGCUGCCUCAAUUUGAAGCCAACGCUCGAAACAUAAGGGAAGAUUCUAUCGAUUGUGGCGUAACGGCGUGUGGCUGUUGCAAUGGGCCUGGCUGCCAGCGUUUGGGUACUUCGACAUCGUUUCUUAUCAUUUUGUCCCUGGCUGGGUUUGUCCAAGGUGGAAUUGAAUCAUAUUUCAGAAUAUCUGCACAGCAGGCCGCCAAUGAGCAUGGUUUUGAUCCGAUUAUUGUGGACUGGUUGUUGGUGACCAGCGGCAUUGCGCAAGGCGUUUUUGCCAUACUUGUUGUCUAUUGGGGCAAUCGACUGCAUCGCAUCUCAUGGCUGGGAGAAAUUUUUAUGCUACAAGCCGUCGGAUUGCUGCUGCUCGUCAUUCCAACGCUGACUCACAAUUCUGCAGAGUCCCAAACUAUUGACGCAGUCCCACUCGAAAAUGUGUGCAUUCUUGAGCAGUCAGCUGAACUACAGACGGAAAGACCUCACGGUAUUACAACUUUAGUGUUGAUGUUUAUUGUGCAAGCUCUGGUCGGAAUAACCAACACAGCUUUUUAUUGUUUGGGUUUGAGCUACCUAGAUGACAACUUAAAAGAGCAUCAGAGCCCUGGCUACGUUGGUUGCGCAAUCGCUGCUCGUAUAUGGGGACACCAGUUUGGAGUAGCUAUUUCUCUGGCCGUUGGCGCUAGUACACUUGGCUGGUGGCUUGGAUGGGUCAUAAUAGGGCCUAUUAUUUUCGUUUUGGGGUUUUUAGUUAGCCUGUUCCCUAAACGAUUACUAUCGACACUGGUGAGACAGGCAGCGGACGAUAUUAUUGAAACGGCCACCAAUAACAACAGCCAAUCUUUUCCAACGCACAAAUGGUUAGCGGAUGUCAGUCUGUCGGCUUCCUUGCGACGGUUGUUCUCAAACAGCAUCCUUAUCUUCAACUUACUUGCGCUGGUUUUCAUUCAAACCGGUGUUAUCAAUUUCAACGCACACGAGCAAAAUUACCUGCAGUCAAGAUUUUUACUGCCCACAUCCGAUGCGAAUGGUCUGAACGAUGAAUGGACCUCGAGAUUGAUUACCAACUUGCUACGACCGCCACUCGUUGCAUUGGCCGUCGUUGUGGCAGGAUUGAUAAUUGCCAAAGCAAAUCCAAGCCCAAGGAAACUUGCCGCUUGGAAUAUUUUCGUUGGUUUAGUAGCUGUUGGUACGUUUAUCGGAUUCAUAUUUGUUACAUGCGAGAAUGAACGAAUUGCCGGCGCUUAUCGGGGAAAACUGACGAAACCGUUCUGUGCCUCUAAUUGCAUUUGUCCGGAAAAUGUACUCUUCUCACCGGUCUGUCCGCAGGACAGCGUGUUUACGUACUUUUCUCCUUGCCACGCCGGAUGCCAAACUCGGACCGAGCUAAACGAUGUGGUCGUUUACACCAAUUGUUCCUGUGGUGUCGAUACGGAGCUGAUACUGCGCGAAAGUGGGAUCGCUACGGAAGGAGCCUGCGGCAUGGCGGACUGUCAAAAGUAUUGGAUCAUCUUCCAGGUGUUGACGGUUGUGGUGGCGGCCCUGCUGGCAUCUGGACUUAUUGGAAAAUUUAUAAUAUCCAUACGGGCGGUCUUGCCACAGGACAAAGCACUUGCCCUUUCGGUGGAGCUAACGUUGGUUGGGUUGGUCGUGUAUCUUCCUGGAAUGGUCGCAUAUCAGGCAAUCGCUGCCAGUGCUUGUCAAUUAUGGUCAUCUGAUCAACAGAGGUGCUUCAUCCAUGAAAUGCCGUUCUAUGGAACAAGUUUGAAUGUUCUGACAGCUGCCCUUAUUACAAUUGGAAUCAUUUUUGACAUAUUAGUAUUUUACCUCGUACGGGAUUUGCCUCUCUAUGGAGAUGACCCAGAAGACGCCUACAGGCCAGUCGAAAUGCGUCUCAUCACACAACAGAUUCGCAACGAUGCCAGACAAACAACUUCACCAGAGAUGGAAAGCCAACCACUCGCCACUCUGCAGCCACAAGAACUGGAUGCGACCUCAACUGCGAACAGCUUCGUCCAAGCCUCAACGAUUGCAGCUAACGAUUCACCAGUUAUCCAAUCCAUCCAAAAUACCCAAGCUAGAUACCCUCGCAUUGUCCGUUCCAUAUCCCCCGCAGCUGGAACUGCCGACGCAUACUCUCAAGUAAUUCGACAGUUGCCUACUCGGCCGGCCUACAGUGACAGUGACGAUCUUUCGGAGUUCAGAUCGCUGAGUCGCAAUGAUGACGACGAGGAUGGCGAGAGCAAGCAGUUGGGGCAUUCCAACGGGCCACUAACGCAUAACUUACGAGAUUAUUCCAGUGUGAACCCAUCAGCGUCCGGGAUCGCAGCUGGAGUGAGCACACCGGAAUCCCCGUACUCUAGUUCUGUUAGCAGCCCGGAUGGAACAGUUGGAAACACACGAACGAAGGGUCGAGAGGCUCGACCUCUUAGCCCAGAAACCGAUUUCUAGUGGUAUCAUUCCGACAUCGAUAAUAAGGAUUCUUAGGAGUAAGAAAAGCAAUAACGUUCGUGAAGUAUUCGACCGAUUUAUCUUUUCAGUAUGACGUUUUAUUUUUAUGUUUAUGUUCCUUACACUUGUGCAUUUGUUGUUAAAUAUGAGAUAUAAAAGAUUUAAAUAUAAAACACAAUUUUGACGUA